GUUUUGCAAUCCACCUUGAAGAGCUCAAAGCGCAGAGGUUUAAAAACAGAAAAGCAUUACGAUACAUUAUAAACACAAUGGACGUCGAGGCCAAGAGAAUCAUGGCUCUGUCUAUUAGUAAACUGUACUCAUUAAGGACCCAGCGCGGGGGACUGAGGCUUCACCGGAGUCUCCUGCUCUCCAUGACCAUGAGAGCCGCCCGGGACAUUUACCACACCACGCAGCUGCUCCGAGACGCGGAGGAGGAACAGGUCGUUCCGUGCGCCCCGGAGGAGCCCAUGGAGGUUACCAAAGACCCUCCACAGACUGUAACUCCAAUUGAGGUUGUGGCGAACCCUCAAGAAGCCAAAGACGCUCUGGAGGAGGAGGACAAAGAGAACCGGUGCGCUCCUGAACGCCACUCCAGGAAGCGCCGCGUCAAGACAGCGCUCGAGCCCGACUUUCUGCCUCUCAAGAAGGCGAGAAUGGACACAGACGAGGACAAACAACACCUCCAGGCCGAGGUUUUGAGGACUAGUAAUGGAAACAGCUGUCGCCAAGCUGAGACUCUGACCGCGUUUCCGACUAACCGUGCCAUGGUGGCGUGUUGAGCAAGGCGCGCUUGGAUCAUUCCGAGAAUUGAUCUCCCUUAAUUGGGAUAUUUUUGUUUUUCUGGACUGACUGGUUCGGAUAUGCGGUCCUGAGACCUGUGAGGCCGGCAGUGCUCGCCAUGAGCUCAAGGAGAGGCCAGAACGAGCAGGAUUACAGGACAGGUGGUGGAUACGGCGAUCCCAGUCCUAUCGGAACCACCAGAGCUGCUUCAUUGUUCAUUGAGGAGUCAGAUGACUCGGAUGAACUGGUUGAACUGGGAAGGGAGGCUCGAAUAAUGUCUUCUGCCCAGCCUAUGAACUUAACAACCUCAAAAGGAACAAAUGUGACGGUGUACGAGACAGAACACGUACUGUGAUACUUGAAAAAUGUCUUGAAACUUCCUAAUGCCAAAAACGUGUUAAAUGUCACUGUUGCACAGAACAAUUUAUGCUAUUUAUUAUAGUAAUAUGAGAAGGACUUGAACUGAUAUCAUAUGAAGCUGAUUUCAGUGUUUCAUGUUGGAAUAAACAUGCAAAUGUUUCAAACUCA